AUUUACUGUAGCCGGGGUUAAAAAUUCAUGUCUGGUGAAUUGAACCCACUCAUGGGAACGCAAAACUAUUGCUGGUGAAUUGAACCCUGCAUAUUUACAACGAGCUCAUUAAAAGCAACAAAGACAGCACAUUUCUGAAAGGAUGUGUUGCCGCCAUGCUGCGCUCUGCCCUGGAUGAUGGACUCACUACACAACAGUCUGUCCUCAAGUUUAUAGGGGAGAGGUUCAGAGUCAAGAUGGCCGACACUCCAGCAUGGGUCAGCGACGAAGAUAUCACCAGAAACUUGGUGUUGGUAUAUUUGGACAAAGAUGUCGACAAGUUCAACAUGCUUGUACUGAUGACUCAUAAACUGUUUGCUCUAGCCUCUGGCAAGUGUUGUCCUGAGUCAUCUGAUUCUCCUGCCAACCAAGAGGUCCUCCUAGGAGGCCACCUAUAUCUCAUGGCCAUCAAGGAGAAGCUGGGAGGGUACCUUAACUAUGCCAAGUCUGAGCUGGAGAAACAAGUUAGAAUGCGUCUGGAAAAGUUUGAUAAUCUCACUAUUGCAAUCAAGCGUGUACUAGACCACGCCCCCGAUGUGGGUCAGUUCAUGGAGUACGUCAUGGCAACAGGGAACCUGAAGUCACGCUCUGGACUCGGCCUACAGCAGCAAACUGGGUUCACUGUGGUGGCGGACAAGCUCAACUUCUAUCGCUACCUCUCCCACUUCCGAGCAGUGCACAGAGGAGCUUUCUUCUCACAGAUGAGAACCACUACUGUUAGGAAACUGCUCCCUGAGGCGUGGGGGUUCCUGUGUCUUGUACACACUCCUGAUGGAGCACCCUGUGGUCUACUCAACCAUCUAGCAGCAGCUUGUCAGGUGACGACAUGUGUGCCCAACACCACUCAUCUGCCUCGACUAUUAGUGAGUCUCGGGAUGACGCCCACGGGAUCACCCCUACCCUCUGGUCAUACCCAAACUGACCACACCCUCCCUGUCGUACUGGACGGACGGAUCAUCGGUGAAGUGGACAGAAACAAAGCUCAAGAAUUAACUGAUAAACUGAGAACUCUGAAAUGCUUAGGGAAGGAAAAUGUACCGUCUAGUGUGGAGAUAGGACUAGUGCCUCACCUGACUGGCGGGCAGUUCCCGGGACUGUUCCUGUUCGCCACACCCUCUCGUAUGAUGAGACCUGUUCUCAACCUGGCCACCCACACACACGAGCUCAUUGGAUCAUUCGAACAAGUGUACAUGGACAUUGCUGUUGUUCCAGAAGAGGCAUACGAAGGACACACGAGUCACCUGGAGCUGGACGAGGGGAGCAUGUUCAGUGCACUAGCCACACUCACUCCAUUCUCUGACUUCAACCAGAGCCCCAGGAACAUGUACCAAUGUCAGAUGGCCAAGCAGACGAUGAGACCGUUAGAAACCUUUUCGCGUAUUUGUUUGUGUCUCCAGGGUUACGAUAUGGAGGAUGCUAUGAUACUGAACAAGGGCUCAGUGGAGAGAGGAUUCAAACACGCCACUGUGUACAAGAGUGAGAUGAUAGAUAUAUCCAACCCUGGUGUGCGUGACAAGCCUAGUCGCUUGUUUGGUGUGUUGCCAGGCAGCAAGGAGGAGGGCAAGCUGGAACAAGAUGGCUUCCCUCAGAUAGGCACUCUACUCAAAGAGGGAGACCCGUACUACAGUUAUUUUGACUUGGAUACUAAAUCGUCGCGAUUAUCUCGCUACAAGAGUAUGGAGCCAGCGUUCGUGGAUCAGGUCAAGCUGCUGGGCACCGAGACUGGGGACUCCCCCCUACAGAAAGCAUUCAUCAAGCUGAGAAUAUGUAGGAACCCUAUAAUUAGAGACAAAUUUGCCAGUAGAGCAGGUCAAAAGGGAAUCUGUAGUCAAAGAUGGCCAUCAGAGAGCAUGCCAUUCACGGAGUCAGGAAUGGUACCAGACAUUAUCUUCAACCCUCACGGCUUCCCCUCCAGAAUGACCAUUGGUAUGAUGAUUGAGAUGAUGGCGGGCAAGUCCUCUUCCCUCCAUGGUCUCUGUCAUGACUGCACUCCAUUCAAGUUCUCAGAGAAGGACCCAGCAGUCGACCACUUCGGGAAACUACUAGUGAAAGCUGGCUACAACUACUUCGGCAACGAGCGUCUCUACAGUGGUAUAAACGGUCGUGAAUUCGAAGCUGAUAUAUUUAUGGGUGUGGUCUACUACCAACGCCUGAGGCAUAUGGUGUCUGACAAGUUCCAAGUCCGAACCACAGGACCCAUUGACAUCCUGACCCACCAACCAGUGCAGGGCAGGCGCAGGGCCGGGGGGAUCAGGUUCGGAGAGAUGGAGAGAGACUCACUACUAGCACAUGGCGCCUCAUUCCUGUUACAAGAUCGUCUACUGAACUGCUCGGAUAAAUCAUUUUGUCGUAUCUGUAAGGAGUGUGGGAGUAUAGUGUCCCCGAUGCUGGACAAAGCCCCGCCCACCAUAUCCGCCCUCUCCGAUGUCCAACCAGAGUGGAGGUGUCGUAUGUGUCAGGACAAAGGUCAAAUUGACAUCAUCUCGGUCCCGUACGUAUUCAGAUAUUUAGUAGCAGAACUGGCAGCCAUGAACAUAAAAGUUCAGUUAGAAAUUAGCUAAAAUUGAUUUGUGUACCAAUUUUAGUGCAAUAUGUUGGACACCGUUAUUAGCGUUCUUGUCCCCAACACUGUGGUUAAUUGUUUGAUUGUGUUACGUUG